UGGUCGACGUCUUUUUGCAAACUCUUUUGACAAUUUGCGGAGUUUUUCUAGUCGUUUUGCCCCAUAAAUAGUAACKUGGGUUAAUGUGGAUGUGUUAGGUUAGUUUUAGUUUUAUUUAGGKCCWACAAGAAGGCUCUAAACUCCAUCAAACAUGUCUUUAGCCGACGAACUUUUGGCCGACCUCGAAGAGGCUGGCGAUGAAGGAGUAGAUAUCGACUACAGAGACAACGAUAAUGAUAUUGAAGAAGCUAUGGAGACUACAGAUACUGGAGACCUAAGCUCCAAGUCUGUCCGUUAUGUAGCAAAACUGAGAGACAGUGAUGAACUUCGUAGUGUGAUGAACAGGAUCACUGAAUUUAGUAACAAGGCACGUGAUCAAGUGUUUGGUCCAGUGGAAGUUGACCCGGAAUAUAUUUUGAUUGUAGAAGCUAAUAACUUAACUGCUGAAGUAGAUAAUGAGAUAAAUAUAAUCCAYAAGUAUUUGCGGGAUUUAUACUCCAAAAGAUUUCCCGAGUUAGAGUCUUUAGUUCCACAUGCAUUGGACUAUAUUCGUACUGUGGAACUAUUAGGAAAUGACCUUGAGGUUACCAAGGUAGACUUAACUGAUGUUUUACCACCAGCUACUAAAAUGGUUAUCAGUGUCACUGCAUCCACUACUCAAGGAGAGAAACUUGAUGAUGAUGAAGUCGAGAGGAUAACGGAAGCUUGUGGAAUGGUUACUGAUCUUUUAGAGGCCAAACUGAAGAUUUUAAACUAUGUUGAGUCACGGAUGGCAUUUAUUGCUCCUAAUUUAUCGAUAAUUGUUGGUUCGUCCACUGCAGCGAAGCUAAUGGGAGCCGCAGGUGGCUUGACAGGGCUAUCAAAGAUGCCUGCUUGUAAUUUGCUGGUGUUAGGUGCACAAAAGAGAACAUUAUCAGGAUUUUCAAGUGCUGCUGCCAUGCCUCACACAGGGUUUAUCUAUUACAGUGAUGUUGUUCAGAAUAUGCCACCUGACUUGAGAAGAAAAGCUGCGCGUCUUGUUUCUGCUAAAUGUUCUCUUGCUGCUAGAGUUGAUAGCUUUCAUGAGAGUCUUGAUGGGUCAUCAGGUCAAGCGCUGAGGGCUGACAUUGAGAAGAAGUUUGAYAAGUUAGUGGAGCCUCCUCCCAAGAAAGAAGUAAAAGCYCUCCCUAGACCUGAUGAUGCCCCAAGAAAGAAACGUGGUGGRCGUAGAGUCAGAAAGAUGAAAGARAAGUUUGCUGUGACAGAAAUGAGACGCCAGGCCAACAGAGUAGAGUUUGGGAAAAUUGGUGAAGAUGUUUACCAAACAGAUUUGGGAUUCUCUGUAGGAACCCUGGGAAGAAAAGAGAACACAGGUCGUGUACGAACUCCUGCAGUWGACAAGAAAACACAAGUUUCCAUCUCAAAAAGACUUCAGCGGAGUCUUCAACAAGCACAGACRUAUGGUGGUCAGUCUACUGUAAAGCGUAGUGUAUCUGGAACAGCRUCAAGUGUUGCAUUCACACCACUACAAGGAUUGGAAAUUGUCAACCCUCAYGCAGCUGAGAAGAAAGUGGCUGAUGCCAAUGCCAAGUACUUCUCAAGUACAGCAGGCUUCUUAAAAGUCACAAAGAAAUAAUAAAUCUUGUCACAUUAGUAUAUUACAGUAAUAUUUUUUAAGUGAUGUAUUUUUGUUUUGUUUUUUGUUUUAGUUUUUUGUUAAUAGUUAUUAUUAGCUAACCACUUGAAUGUGUACAUUCAGAACAAAUCUGAAAAAUUCUAAUACCAUCUUCUCAUAUGCACUACUAUCAGCUGCCUUUAUUCUGUGUAUUUGGGUAAAGUGAUGAAUAAUAUUGUUGUAAUGAUGAAAUAAAGAACAAAAACACUCCA